AUGAAGGAGCCGUUGUUGUGGGGAAGAGAAGACAAGAGUUGGGAAGGGUUGAUGAGGAUGAGUAAGAAUAAGGUUGAGAAGUUGAAGAAUACGGUGACGGUGAGGUCUUCCAGGAUGAACUUGUGGAUGAUACGGGCUACCACGUCGGUGAUUUUAUGGAUUUGCAUUGUUCAGUUAACUGCAUUUGGUGAUAUGUGGGGUCCUAGAGUUUUGAAAGGUUGGCCUUCGUGUUUUACUCAAGAAUCUGCAAUCAUGGAGCUUCCUUCUAUUCCGCCAAGGAUUCUUCCACCCAAGAGGGUUUAUAAAAACAAUGGUUACUUGAUGGUGUCGUGCAAUGGAGGAUUGAACCAAAUGAGAGCGGCGAUAUGUGAUAUGGUGGCAAUUGCAAGAUAUUUAAAUGUCACACUAAUAGUCCCGGAAUUGGAUAAAGCUUCCUUUUGGGCUGAUCCGAGUGAGUUCCAAGAUAUAUUUGAUUUGGAUCAUUUUAUUACAUCCUUGAGAGACGAGGUGCGGAUAUUGAAAGAGUUGCCUACUAGGCUCAAGCAAAAAGUGGAAAAUGGAUUUCUUUACACCAUGCCACCGAUUAGUUGGUCGGACAUGUCAUACUAUAAGAAUCAGAUUCUGCCAUUGAUACAAAAGUAUAAAGUUGUCCAUUUAAAUCGAACUGAUGCUCGGUUGGCAAAUAAUGGGCAAUCUUUAGAGAUUCAGAAGCUGCGUUGCCGAGUCAAUUUUAGUGCUCUUAGAUUUACUCCUCAGAUUGAGGAGUUAGGCAGAAAGGUUAUCAAUCUUCUGAAACAGAAUGGCCCAUUUCUGGUACUUCACCUGAGGUAUGAGAUGGACAUGUUGGCAUUUUCUGGCUGUACUCAAGGUUGCAAUAGUGACGAGGUAGAAGAAUUGACAAGGAUGAGAUAUGCUUAUCCUUGGUGGAAAGAAAAAAUAAUUAAUUCUGAUUUGAAAAGAAAAGAUGGUUUAUGUCCUCUAACACCCGAAGAAACCGCUCUUGCGCUUAGGGCCUUUGACAUAGAUCAAAACAUUCAAAUCUACAUUGCUGCUGGGGAAAUAUAUGGUGGGAGUAGGAGAAUGGCCAGUCUAGCAAAGAACUAUCCAAAAUUGGUCAGAAAGGAAACACUGUUGGAACCGUCUGAACUUCAGUUCUUCCAAAACCAUUCCUCUCAAAUGGCAGCAUUGGAUUAUCUUGUCUCAUUAGAGAGUGAUAUCUUUGUUCCUACUUAUGAUGGAAAUAUGGCCAAAGUCGUUGAAGGUCAUCGCAGAUAUCUUGGGUUCAAGAAGACAAUUUUAUUGAACAGAAAGCUCUUAGUUGAGUUGAUAGAUCAAUACAACAAUGGAGCAAUGAACUGGGAUGAAUUCUCUUUCGCCGUGAAGCAAUCUCAUGCAGAUCGCAUGGGCGGCGCAACGAAAAGAUUGGUAAUACCUGAUAGACCAAAAGAAGAGGAUUUUUUCUAUGCCAAUCCAGAGGAAUGUUUAGAACCAUCAGAAGAUGAUGAUACAUCAAGAAGUACAGUGUAA